AGAGUUGAAAGCUGGAGCUGGGACGGACCUGGCUGGACACGCGGGGCACAAAGGCUCUCGCGUGUAAUCCUUGCUGUGCAGUAGGAGGCUGAGGCGAUGAGACGGAAUUCAGGGCUGCACCCUGCCGUGCUGAGCAGUGUCUGUGCUAAGGUUGGAGUCAAUAAGUUAAAGGAGAACGUUGAGCAGUUCUUCACCAAAUUUGUGGAGGAGGGGAAAGCUACUGUUCGUCUGAAAGAACCUGCAGUGGAUGUCUGUCUCAGCAAGGCAAAUGCUAGCAAUUUAAAGAGCUUCCUUGCAGCAGUGAGGCUGGCUCACCGAGGCACCGAUGUUGAAGCACUGCCGCUCUCAGUUUUGGUACCAGCAAAGACUUCAGAAGUUGAAAAACCUAAAACGAAGAUGAUCAUUACGUCGAGAAGAGACUAUCCGCUAACCAAAAAUUUCCCUUACUCCCUCGAACAUCUGCAGGCCUCGUACUGCAAACUCGCCCGAGUUGACAUGCGAAUGCUUUGUCUGAAAAAACUCCGAACGCUAGAUUUAAGCCACAAUCAUAUAAAAAAGCUGCCAGAAACGAUUGGUGACCUUGUCAGCCUUCAGGAGCUUAAUCUGCACAACAAUCACUUGGAGUCCUUCUGCGUAGCUCUGUGCAACUCCACGCUUCAGAAGUCUCUCCAGUUUUUGGACCUCAGCCAAAAUAAAAUCAAAGCACUUCCAGUUCAGUUUUGUCAGCUGCAAGAACUCAUUCACUUAAAGCUUGAUGAUAAUGAGUUGAUUAGGUUGCCAUUCAAGAUGGGCCAGCUAAGUCAACUACGCUUCCUGUCAGCAGCCCGUAAUAAGCUUCCUUUUUUGCCUAGUGACUUCAGAAAUCUCUCACUUGAGAAGUUAGAUCUCUUUGGAAACCCUUUUGAACAGCCUAAUCCUCUUGUUCCCAGCAUACAGCUAAAAAUACCAUUAACUUUAUUAGAAUCUGCUGCAAGAGCAACAGUAAAUUACAGGAUCCCUUAUGGUUGUCAUCUCCUUCCUUCUCACCUCUGGGAAGAUCUGGAAGUAGCUAAAACAUGUCAAUGUGGAAGUGCCUGUCUAAGCUGCUUCAUUCAGACAACAGUGACCAUGAAUCUCCACCAUGUAGCUCAAACUGUGGUCCUUGUAGAUAACAUGGGAGGUGAACUGUGUACAGUGGAGUGUUUUUCAAUUUGCAUUAGAGAAAGUGAAGGAAAAAUGUGUGCCGUGCACUUGGAGUGUAAGAUGGGGAAGUUUGUGAUAGUCUUGAAUUCCUGCAGGCAUUGAUUCCGUAGGUUUGGGUGGGCCUCAAGGUUCUGUCUCCCAUACAGGUGAGCUUUACCCUUAUUGUGGAAAGUUCCAUUGGGCUCAGAGGAUCGAAGCUAUCAACCACAUCUUCAUCCUGGAACUGUAGCUGAUAUUUUACAUACCAUGGUCCUAGGCCAUUGAACACCUGAAAGAUAAGGACCAAGACUUUGAACUUGGUUCACUAUUCUAUGGGAAGCCUGCAUAAUGAGUGGCAAACAGGUCUGACGUGUCCAGUCACCAGUGGUGCUGAGGAGAUGUGCUGUAGCAUUCCGUGCUAGAUGGAAGUUUCCGAAGCACCGAGGGCUUCACGCCCAGAUAUACUACGUUGCUGCAGUCCUGUCAAGAGGUAAUGAAGGCAUGAAUAACAGAGGCCAUGUCAUUGUUCACCAGGAUGGGAGAGCCUCCCCUAGCCAAUCAGAGAUGAUAGCAGCAUCUGUGAGUAACGCUUUCUUUGUGAGAGCUUAGUGUGAGAAACUAAGAGUCUCCUAAGCUACUUAUUGAACUGACAAAUUGUGGGUGUGAUCCUUCAACCAAAGGAGACUGCAACUCCAAAGUCCAUUCCUCUUGCCACCAGUACUACCUCUGCCUUGCUUGAGUUUAGCUUCAGCCAGCUGUUCUUUAUCCAUGAACUUAUCUCAUCCAAGCAGUGGGCUAUGUUGGUGGUAAUGAUAUGGUUGUAUAGUGAAGACUAGAUAGAGCUGUGUGUCAGCCACACAUUGCUGGCACUCAAGUCCAUGUCAUUUGACCAGUUCACGUAGUGACCAUGAAACACAUGGGCUUCCCAAAGGGAAGACAUGAAUUGGUGAAAACUGAUGUGUUCUCAUAGAAGUCACUUGCAUUUUUAUUUAAUGUGAUUCCGGGAGAACUUCCUAUGAACACUUAUGUAAUCAAAGGGAACAUACAAAUUAAAGUAUUGGAAUAUUCCAUGAAAUACUUGAUCCAACCUGAACAGAGUGGGUGAGUUGACUUAUUUUGGUAUGUUAUGCAGAGAUCAACUUCUCUCUUAGAAUUAUGUAACUCCAAUACUUUUAGCCCCGGUCCUUUUUUAACCUUUGACUUGCAAAUUUCUAGGUGUAUGUUUAAAGCUGAAGAAAACUUUUUAAUACUAUGAAGAAAAUUGGUCAAGCUUGUUUUGGAGUUACAAAUAUUAAAAUUUAUCCUGAACAUGGAAACACUCUGCAUCAGCUCCUUAGUUAAUGUUGUGACCAGAAUUCUGUUAUAAAUCCCUAUAAUUUUGUACGGGGAAAGUAUAUUGGGAUUUACUCUGAAUAGACUAGAAUCUCUUUUGCAGAUGUGAAGGCAAUUGCUCAAAUCAUUUUAAAGUUAAGGAUACUUUAACACAGGGGUAGGCAACCUAUGGCACGCGUGCUGAAGGCGGCACGCAAGCUGAGU